CCCACACUCCAGCAAAGUGUGUUUUGCCAAUGAAGUACAGGUAACUGCCAAAAUAAAGGAAACACCAACAUAGUAUCUUAAUAGGGCGUUGUGCCACCAUGAGCCGCCAGAACUUCAAUGCGCCUUGGAAUACAUUCAUACACACCGAUAGAAUUAGUCGUUUAAUCAAAUCUCUAUAGUGACACCAUUCGGAAUUCCAUCAUUUGGAGUAUUGUUGAUGGAAAAUGCUGUUUCAGGAGCCGCUCCAGAAUCUCCCUGCCCAUCCUGAGACCCCUCCUUUCAGAGUCACUGAAAUCUCUUCUAUUCAUAUUUGCCAAAAUAAUGGGCCACUGGGCAUGAUGGGAUGUUAAAUUGCUUAAUUAACUAAGGAACCACACCUGUGUGGAAGCGUCUGCUUCCUAUCCCACAUUUUUUUACGUGUUUUUUAUUUUGGCAUUUACCUGAAUAUAAACUGUUUACAUCAUUGGUUUUAGCUCUUCAUUUAAUUGUUGAAACAAAUGUUUGGUCUUUGCAAAGUGCAAAUUAACAGUGGUCAAUUUCACACUUCGCUAGCCUAGACAUAUACUUCAAAAGUAUGCAAAAUUGAGUGGCGGGACGAGUUUUGUUGUUUUUUGAAUCCCAGAAUGUAGCUUUUCAAUGUAGAUGGACUACUUUUUCACGCGGAGGAUUAGUCGGACCGUGUCAUUAUCAAAGUUUAUAAAUAGGUCAUUGAAGAAUAUUCAUGGUCGCGGAGUGAAAAGGCAGGUGUUUCACGGCAAUUAUCAAAUUAAAACAAACAUUUUACUAAGUUUUAGGCUAGAACUUUUUAAAUUCAAGAAUUUGAGCUGUUUCCACCUUGGCCAAUUCAAUAAGGAUGAACAGCAGUGGUCAGUCAUACCCAUUGGCCUCCCUCUACGUAGGGGACCUGCAUCCUGACGUCACAGAGGCCAUGCUCUACCAGAAGUUCUCUCCUGCUGGGCCCAUCACAUCCAUCCGUGUCUGCCGUGAUGUCAUCACUCGCAGGUCCCUAGGAUACGCAUACAUCAACUUCCAGCAACCCGCUGAUGCGGAAUGUGCUCUGGAUACAAUGAACUAUGAGGUCCUCAAGGGUAGGCCUAUCAGAAUAAUGUGGUCUCAGCGCGACCCAGGGCUACGGAAGUCAGGAGUUGGAAACAUUUUUAUCAAGAACAUGGACGAGUCUAUUGACAACAAGGCCCUGUAUGACACAUUCUCAGCCUUUGGGAAUAUUCUGUCUUGCAAGGUAGUGUGUGAUGAGAAUGGCUCCAAAGGCUACGGCUUUGUUCACUUUGAAACCCAAGAGGCAGCCAAUCGUGCCAUUGAUACCAUGAAUGGAAUGCUAUUGAAUGACCGUAAAGUUUUUGUUGGCCAUUUUAAGUCCCAUAAGGAGCGACAGGCUGAGUUUGGGGCCAAAGCCAUGAAGUUCACCAAUGUGUACAUCAAGAACUUUGGCGACGACUAUAGUGAUGAGAAACUCCAGGAGGUCUUCUCUGCAUUUGGCAGGACCCUCAGUGUGCGGGUGAUGAUGGACGAAAGGGGCCGGUCUCGUGGAUUUGGCUUUGUAAACUAUGAAAACCAUGAGGAUGCACAAAGGGCAGUUGAGGAGAUGAAUGGGAAAGAACUCGUUCCUGGCCGAGUUCUGUAUGUGGGCCGUGCUCAGAAGAGGAUGGAGCGACAGGGGGAGCUGAAACGCAAGUUUGAGCUGAUCAAACAGGAACGUAUCCACCGCUAUCAGGGGGUCAAUUUGUACGUUAAGAACUUGGAUGAUGGGUUGGAUGACGAGAAACUCAGGAAGGAGUUUGCCCCUUAUGGCACCAUCACCAGUGCCAAGGUGAUGACGGACGGGGGCCACAGCAAGGGCUUUGGCUUCGUCUGUUUCUCGUCUCCCGAGGAGGCCACCAAAGCGGUAACUGAGAUGAACGGCCGCAUUGUGGCCACAAAGCCGCUGUACGUGGCUCUGGCCCAGCGCAAGGAGGAGCGGAAGGCCAUCCUCACCAACAAAUACAUGCAGAGGACCAUGCCCGGCCCAGUCAUCGACUCCUACCAGCAGGCAGGCUACUACAUGUCUGCUGUGCCUCAGCCCCCAAGUCGCACCUUCUACAACCCCAACCCUGCGAGCACCAUGAGGACAUCUCCUCGCUGGGCUGCACAGCCACCCAGACCACAGGCACCCUACUCGGGCCAGUUUGUCAGGUCUGCUGUUCCCCGACGCGCCUCCACCCCCAUCAGCACCGUCAGACAGGCCUCCACCCAGGCUCCACGCAUCAUCAACUACACACAGAGGAUGGCUAACAUUGGCACACAGACAGCAGGAGGUCGGGCAGGCAUAUCUGGUGGUAUGGUCCGAGGCACCCAGUAUAAAUACUCAUCAGGGGUGAGGAACUUACAGCAGGUCAUCACUAUGCCUGCACCAAUGGCAGUGCAGCAGGUUGUUACCCAGCAGAUUAUGGAGCCAGCGGUGCAUGUCAGAGGCCAGGAACCCCUCACUGCCUCCAUGCUGGCUGCAGCCCCUCUCAUGGAGCAGAAACAGCUGCUUGGUGAGCGAUUGUACCCUCUGAUCCAUGGCUUUCACUCCAACCUGGCUGGUAAAAUCACUGGGAUGCUGCUGGAGAUUGACAACUCUGAGCUGCUGCACAUGCUGGAGUCACCCGAGUCCCUGCAUUCUAAGGUGGAUGAGGCUGUAGCUGUGCUGCAAGCCCACCAGGCCAAGGAAAACUCUCCUAAGAAGUAGAGAACCCUUUCAGGACUCUGCGAAGAAAUCGCUGAAGGAGGAAAAAGUUAAAACGAACAAAAAAAUAGUAAAAUUUUGU